UUCAUCUUCACUUCAUCAAAGCUUCACCGGCAACAAGCACGCUGGACUCUCGAUUCGCGAACCAUUUAGAUUCUAGUAUUCAUCAAUUGGUGUUCCUUGACUAGCACAAACACAUAGAGAGUCUCUUUCAGCCGUGCUCCCUACUCCCGCGCGUCCAUCUUCAUCAUGGCGUCCGCCGCCGACCUCGACGGACUCGUCCUCCUUCGCCAAUCCAUCUCCUCCAACGCGCCCUUCAUCCCCACAGCAUCAGCUGAUGCUUCUGCAACCGAAGUUCCCCUAUCACAGGCGACGUACUUGCGAUUCCCCGAUCGGGAUGUCGCUGUUCCCAUCGACAACCCGACGCGCUUUGUGUCGCAAGACAAGCCCGUCGACCUGCGCAGUAUCUACUUUGCUUGGCUGAAUCGCGAAGUCGCUAUCCCUGAGUAUAAUGCUUCUGCGACAAAGCUUAACGAAGAACUGGCAGCUGCUGGUGGCUCGGGGAAGGUUCAAAAUUUGGGUUUCAUCGAGCGUUUGGAUCUGAUUACCUGGCUCGAGGGUGCUAGCGAGGAGAGCGAGUACAUCAAGCCUUUGCCCAGUGACAAAGAUGCGGCGGCUGCUGGCGCGACCGCAGCUGCGAAGACGGGUGCAGUGACUUCAACUGCUCAGUCGCGAUCUGGUCGUGGUACUAUGGACCCGAGACUGGCUGGUAUCUACAACAGCGAACGAAAGAUGGGCGAUCGCAACACCGUUUUAAGGGGCAUCAAACCUACGGACUUCUCCCAUGUUCGCAAACUUGCUGCGCCUUUUAUCCAGAAGAAAUACCAGUCUAGCUCCAGCAUUCCCACUAACCCAUCACUAGCCCUUAACCAAAAACCCCCUACAAGACGACCAGACCCUAUUAUUCUUCUAUCCCCCUCUGCUUCUUCUUUGCUUCGCCUAUCAAAUGCUCGAUCGUUCCUCGAGGACGGCAAGUUUGUGCCUACUGAUGGAGGUGGUGCGAUGAGCAACAUGCUUCAUGUGCAGCGCAUCAUCCCCUCCAUUGACCCAAACCGCCCAAUGCGUUUCAUUCUUGUAGAGGGUCCUGAAGCGUUCAAGCCCGAAUACUGGAACAGAAUCGUGGCAGUCCUCACCACUGGCCAGACUUGGCAGUUCAAGAACUACAAGUGGAGUGACCCUAACGAGCUCUUCAAGCACACGCUGGGCAUCUAUGUCGGUUGGCGAGGAGAGUCAGCUCCGGAUAAUAUCCGCAACUGGGGUCACCGCGUCCUGUCCACUGGCAUUGACCGAUGGCGAGGAGAGGGCCACGACGCUUCACGAUUCCGUGAUAAGGAGAUCGUGGAGCAGAUCUGGAGGGCCAUUGAAGAGAACAUGCGAUACAGGGGUUGGAAAAAGGACAGGGCCCCCUCAUCGAUAUAGUCGAAGGACUCGCAUUUCUAUUGCACAUGAAGUAUUGCUAAAGACACGAGGCUCCCAGUGGAUGGUUGCUUCACAUAAUGGAGCUAUGAUCCAAAUGGGAGAGAAAAGACUUGCAUUCCCGUCUGUACCGAACAUGCCUACAGGGUGGCGAGGUACAGGGGAUUAAAAGCGAUGGCGUUAGAACGGCUUUUUUGCUAUGUAGACAUAUUUAUCUAGUCUAACUGUACGAUCUGUGGCGAGUGGCAUACAGGAUUUCAGAACCCAGAUCAAUUGAUAUUUUGUUUUUACAGCGAGUGUCAGUAUAGCAUCAACAAGUGUUGAAGUGUUCUCAUUGUGGAGUCAGACGUUACCCUGUUGCUACUGUUGUGUCAGCGGCAUAUAGAUGUCGUUUCAACGUCUGCGACUCCGCGAUGCCAAACUCUACCCUCCUUAUCGACGAUGAUACCCAAGGAGCAGCAUCGACUUGCUAGCAGCCUGGCACGAAACUGCAUCCUUUCCAUAGCUUACUUCCUCCAUAAUAUCCGACUGGACGGUCACAUAUCAAUUGCACACACAUGCUUCUCUAGUUAACUCUACAGUUCACCGAGUCAAAGCUCCCCAAGCAGAGCAACGCAUCGCGAG